UUUUCUUGUUGCAAACCUCUCUCGCUUCUCACUCCGUAUUGUUAUCCCUCCAGAAAAGGGAGCCGUGAUCGGACGUAAAAUCGGCUACUGUGGGAAUAGCUGAGAUGGGUGCCUGCAAGCCGAGAAAGGCACGAUUUCACGUGUCCGUUUUAGAUGCUGGGUUUGCACCUCCGCUACCUUAAAUUGCACCGUGAUGUCAAAGUUAUGAUUAGGCUGUGAUAAGACGCUGGGUACAAUUGUUGUGAUCGCGAGGUAGCACAGAUGUCUUCAAUUCUUGCCUUUAAAAGUCCAGUUCGCAGCCCAUACAUAUUUUACAAUUGGUCUACAGUUUCUUUCAGAGUACUAUAUUACAAUGGCUUCUCAAGAGAGGAUCAGGCCUGUGAUAAAAGGAAGUGGAUUUUGGCAUGUUCCCACUGUGAAGGAAUAUAGCAAGGAAACGCAAGAGUUGUUAAAAGUGAUGAUGCAAGAAUCUAAGCUUACUUGUUUCCAGCAACGCCAUCUUGUAAAUUGCAUGAAACGCGGUGAUGCUUUACCCAUACACUGUUAUCCAACAUCCAGCAGAGAACCAGAGUUUCCGAAGCUUGUAUUACCAAAAGUUAUUUUGACCACCAGUCCCUUUGGCAGACCUCACCUCAGGCCUGCAGAGAUCUGUCGUGCAGGAAAUGCAUAUAUCAGAGAAAAAUUCAAGCCUCAAGCCACUCGAGACCUGGAGAAAGAGAAAGAAAGACUGCAAAACAUCUUAGCAACAGGAAAGGACAAAGUAGAAAAGAAAACUCGUCCAGUCAAGAUAGAAGAAACAGUACAAGAGAUGGACCGAUUCGAUGAAUUGGUGAAUGAAAUUCAAGAUCGACAAAAUUUCCUGGCAGAAAUGGAAGCUUUGGGACAGAGCAAAGUGUAUCAAGGAAUUAUCCAGACUGAAAUAUCACAGAUGCUCCGGGAGAUGGAGAUGAUAGACAAGCAGAGAACUGCAGAACUGAAAGGGGCAAUAGCCAAGUCUUUCAAUGUAAACAUCAAACAUGACAAUCCAAGCACAGGUCAAGUAGACCAAUAGUUCUCCCCACACUUACACCCAAGGAUUUAACUCCUUCACUCUUUUUCUGCUGACAUAAGUGAAUGUGAAGAAUAUCUUACCAGUACAGUUUUGACCACCUUGUGGCAAGUAUCUGUAGAAUAUAUUUAAUCUCCUAGGAAUACUGUAUGAAUCCUGAAAAGUAGGAAUAACUUGUUUCAACAUGUAAUGGCAGUUAAAAAAUGUGAUCCAGAAACAAAAGGGUUCAAAUGAAUCAUUGGGUUUACAUUCUUGCCUUGACAAAAAAAGAGAGAGAAAGGAUUUCCACAUAUUUCAUCUCUGGAAGACAGCAUCUGUGUUUCUAUCAUUUAUGUGCUCCUGCUUUUUAGAAUUAGAACUGUACAACUAUUAGAAUAGAUCAAAAAUAUUUAUGUUAUGAUUGUGCCAUCCACUGAUGCUGCUGCUUCCAGUCAAAACGGCUAUUUUUCACUCGUCAUAUAAAGUGUUAAGCAAACAGUGGUGACUGUUGUAUUGGACUAUGAAAGGGAAUCGGAAGGCUUUAGAUGGCACUUAUUUUUGAUGAAUGCUUCUUCAGUAAAAUUACAGACUUAGGACAUCUUCAUUAUGACUGUGACUAUUUAUUUACAUGUCUGUCACUUGUUAAAAGACUUAAUACCACAACAGCAAAUGGGUGGGUAGGAGUAAGGGAUGUUUUUCUCAUUGGUACACUUUUUGCUUUGGUCCAGCAGCUCCCUUUUGAUAGCUAUAUAUUAUUCAACUUGUAAAAAAAAUAAAAGUCUUAAGAAUUU